AUGUGACUGGAUUCAGAGGUGUCCAUCUCACCUACCAUGAUGGAAUCUGGUCUGUCACCUUCCACAGACCCUCUCCACCUCAACACCAACAGCUACAUCAAGAACAGCAACAACAGCUGGAGUGGCCUCCUUGAUGGUGACUCACUGAGGAGCAAUCACACCCUGACCCUCCAUGGCCGCUUCCACAACGCCCUGCUGGGAGUCUUUCUUGGACUUCUUUCUCUCCUCACAGUCAUAAUGAACCUGCUUGUUCUUUAUGCCGUAAAGAGAGAGAAGAGCCUCCACACUGUCGGCAACCUCUACAUUGUCAGCCUGUCUGUGGCGGAUCUCAUUGUGGGGACCACAGUUAUGCCUCUAAAUUUGGUGUAUUUGCUGGAGGAUGAAUGGAAGCUGGGAAGGGCUGUCUGCCAAUUUUGGCUUAUUAUGGACUAUGUGGCUAGCACAGCCUCAAUUUUCAGCUUGUUUAUCCUGUGCUUGGAUCGGUACCGCUCUGUCAGACAGCCGCUCAAGUACCUGAAAUACAGAACGCGGGGAAAAGCCAGCGUGAUGAUUUGCGGAGCCUGGCUGCUGUCGAUGAUGUGGAUUAUUCCAAUUUUAGGAUGGAGGUCUUUCACUCAUGUAGACCUUAAACCUGAGGAAGAGAACAAGUGUGACACGGAUUUUCGCUUUGUCACGUGGUUCAAGGUUAUUACUGCCGUCUUCAACUUCUAUGUACCCUCAGUUUUGAUGCUGUGGUUUUACACACACAUCUACUUGGCAGUGAGGCAACAUCUCAGGGAUAGGGAGAGAAUCAUUCAUCCGACGGAUUCAUUUGGUGAAAACGAGAAUGGACAAAAUGCUCAAAUGUCCAUGAAAAAUGACUCAAAGUCACCGAAAAGGGAAUGUGAGGUUCCACUGGAAGUCUCGAAAAAACAAUACUUGUUGGACCAGAACACUCUAGAUCAGACAUAUUCCCUCGAGGAUGCAGAUAAAACUAAAACUGCUUCAUCCAGAUCUCACAGAAAAAUUGGUGUGAAGUGCCAACAGACGACGUUUCUCACCAUGACAAAAAGACUCAGAAUGGCACAAAGGGUCAAAAGGUGCUCCCUGUCUCCUGAGGAGAAGCAGGCAGAGAUUCCCCUCAGUCGACCUUCAGCGCCACAGGAUGUAAUUUGCUCAGAGGGGAAUAAUGAGAACAAACUUCAAGCGUCUUUAAAUGAGUGUCACGUCACAGUGCCAAACUCAGUGAGCGAUGUCUGUGAUAUCAAUCAGGUUUCAGACGUGCAGAGGUACACUUCAGUGCUCUACAACAACUAUGACCCCAACCAUGCUCUGCCCUGGACUGAGGAAGUGGUUGAAGAUGGCAAAUUGGACCCAGCUAAUGCAGUGACCCUGCGGCAGACGUGGCAGAGAUUUAUCGACCAAUCACGUCAGCGUAUCCAAAGCCUAAGGAUCCAUAAAGAGCACAAGGCAGCCAAGCAGUUGGGCUUCAUAAUUGCUGCUUUCUUGUUGUGUUGGAUACCAUACUUCAUAGCUUUCAUGGUCAUGGCGUUCUGCAGAGAGUGUGUGCACCAUGACCUUCACAUGUUCACCAUAUGGCUCGGUUACAUCAACUCUACUCUCAACCCUUUUAUAUACCCGCUCUGCAAUGGGAACUUUAAGCGAGUCUUCAAGAAUAUUCUGACAUUCUGAAAGGCAGAACAAAGAAGCAGAACAAAGUCAAAGGUGUCUAAAUGCUGCUGAUAUUCAGUUUGCAUCAAUUAAUGUCUUAAAGUCCCUUUCAUGGGUUAGCUUUGUAGAUAAAACCAAAUGUAUUUUGAUUGUCAGUUAUUUCUGUUCUAGAUUUUAUUUUUGUUACUUGCUGCCCUUCGAUUCAGACUCAUGGCAACAGUUUGCUGUCUGAAUUUAAUGUUAUUUAUUUUGUCUAUAUUAUGCUAAUGAUAAUAAAGUGUGUCUAGGACCAGAGACCUUUAAACUCAGAAGAAUUUGAUCUCUCAACCUUGAAAACAGAAGCAUGUAUCUAGUGUCUUGGCUCUGGCCCAGAACGGAGAGAAAACAAUGUCCAAAAUGUUUUUUUUAAAGAAAAUCUGUUUUCUUUUUGCACAAUGAAUGUACAGAACCAGGCAGCAUAAUGUAGAUACAAAAUAUUUAGCAUUUUACAAGCACUGCCAUGCAUUUGUGAGUGUUUGUCACACAGUUUUCUCAUCAUUAAAACAGGAUAUGGGACAUUAGUUGUCCUUUCUAAUGUCAGUCCAGGAAAAACACAAAUCUCACCAUGUGUCUAGUGAGCCAUUACCCCAGGGAAGGCUGAUUUGGGAUCUGUUCAAUUGUUCCUUUAUUUUACCAUUCUUUUUGAGAGUUUUUAAACAUUCAAUCUUAAAUGACUUCAUUGUGUUUUUAACACAUUGAAGUGACAAUCUCAAGGAUUUUCAUUUAAAUAAUUGUCUGGGGUGACUGAGCCUAUGGCCCACUAAUGAAAGUAUUGCAUUAUUUGUGUAUUUGCCGCAUGACAAACUGGGUCUCUGUGGACAUUCCUGGAAAAAAUGAUGUUAAUGCAAACCAAACAUUUCUGCUGCGGCUUGACAUUAAAAGCAUUCAACUGGUGAAACUUAUGAAGCAGUCAGAGGUGUGUG